UACAGUAAUGGCACCAAGAGGCAUAAUAUUGUUGUCAAUGAUUCUCACAUGGUUUCAUUCAACGCCCGUUAUUGCGCGAAGAUUUUCCGAGAAUGAAUUCUUUUCGUUUUCCGGGCGAGUUCCAAACAUUAUCGCGAAACCUUCUUGCAAUAGUCAGCCAGGAUACGUACACAAUAAUGUCAUUGAAAUGCCACAUGGAUGCUGUGAAGCUCCGUUACUUCUACCACAGCCAUUUGCACCGUCUCCUCUUACAACGACACCGCAUCAAAUUGUCGCUUUGUCAUCAACAACAAUGAGAGGUCCCACAUCUACUGAAUCACCUACAACUUUAACCACUGAAACAACGUCUUCUACGACAAAUAGUAUUUCGCCUUCAACAAGUCAAGUUUUAACAACGACUUCUCCUGCGACAAAGCAAACUGCUCAACCUACAACUAUUUCGACUACUACACCGAUCACCACUCCAACAGCUACGCCUUCGCUACCCACAACAGAAACUCCUUACUCACUCAUCUCGACAUCAUCUACAACAGACUCAAAUCUUUGUGAGAAACCCAGCUUCGAAGAACAGAACAAGGCAAAGCAGAUUAAACUUGCAUUGCCUAAUCGCAUCGGGUCAGCCCGGCAUGAGUGUGAAAAACCCUUGAUCGCGUAUCCUAUCAUCAGACCGCUAUCUGGAUGUAAUUCCCAUGGUCACAUCAUCUUGAAAAAACAAUCGGCGAGUUCUUUCUGGAUUCCUUUGCUGUCCGAGAUGAACGGAGAUCGAUGA